UCCGGCUCUCAGCUUGGUUUUGUGUAUGCUCCUGCUCUCGCACGGCUCGGCGCAGGCCAGGAAGACCGUGCCCGGCGUGACGGUAGCCGCCGGCGCCGAGGACGGGUCGUUGGGCAGGGAGAGCUUCAUGGGUCGUGUUGUCGACGUCUCGAGUAAUUCGCGGCGCCGGCGGGAGCUCCUUGGGGGAGCCAGGGAGACGACGGCUCGAGACGUGUUCGCGCCGGUGACGAACCCGGUGACGGUGCCGGCGACGAACCCGGCGUCCCCGGGCGGCAUCGUCACCGUGCCGGCGACCAACCCGGGCACGGGCACCGGGUUCCCCACCAACCCCAACCUCCCGCCGCUGUACCCGGAGCCGUCGGCCACGCCCGACCCGACGACGAUGCCGGCGCCGUUCACGAACCCGGUCGCCGCGCCUACGAUGCCGGCGCCGUUCACCGCCCCGGUCACCAACCCGGCCACGACGCCGACGCCGGUCCCCGGCACGUCGCCAAUCACCAACCCGGCCACUACGUACCCGGGCGGGGGUGCCGGUGGCGGCGUCGCCGUCGGGAGCGCGCCGACGACCCCGGUGUACCAGGCGCCGGCGACGACGGUGCCGACGCCGACCACAGUGCAGCCGGCGGCGGGGGCCGGGACAGGGCAGUCCACGUGGUGCGUGGCCAAGGCCGGGGUGACGGAGGCGGCGCUGCAGGACGGGCUGGACUUCGCGUGCGGCAUGGGCGGCGCCGACUGCUCGGCGCUGCAGCCCAUGGGCAGCUGCUACAACCCCAACACGAUCCAGGCGCACGCCUCCUACGCCUUCAACGCCUACUACCAGCGCAGCCCCUCGCCGGCCAGCUGCGACUUCGGCGGCGCCGGCAUGCUCGUCGCCACCAACCCAAGUUCAGGAACUUGCAUGUUCCAGACAUCGUCAGGUUCAGGUUCUGCCGCCGGCUACAACCCGGCAGUGACCGGCACCACAGGGCCGGUGGGCGUGACGCCAAGCUUCGGGCCGGUGGGCACCACGACGGGGACGGGACCGGCGGUCAGCAGUGGAGGGUCAGGCUCGACGGUGCUGAACGCGAACAACUACCCCGGCGGGACCUCGAUGUACGGCCCGGGCAACCCGGCGGGCUUCUCCGACACCAGCAGCGGCGCCGCCUCCCUGAACUGCAGCUGGGUCAUGUCUCUGAUCUGGAUGUUCACCUUUGCUUAUGUCAAGGUGAAGGUGUAGCAUCCAUGUGCUGAUGUGCUCCUCUUGUUGACAUGAUAUUCACGUGUGUACAGAGGUGGAUAAAUGAAUUCAGAGGGAUAAUUUUGUGCC